AUGUUUGUCCCCCUGCCGGUCCCCUUCGUCUUUCAGAGAGCAGCGUCCGACUUCAGCGCCUGGAGACUCAAGUCCUCGCUGGCCCCGCGGUCCAGCCCCGAUAUCAGGAUGUCUAAAGCAGCAGAUGAUGAGAAGCCUGGGGCUGAGUAUCCAGGGGACAGUUCAGACUCUAACAGAAACAGCCCUGAUGACCAGGUCCAGCCGAUGAAAACAAGCCCUUUCAGCGUCUCACCCACACCGGCUGGCAGCAAGGGAAAAAGCGACGACAGCUCCGACAUGACCCACAGCACCCUCCCUCCUGCUCCUCCCUCCCAGCAACAGCUGCAGGAACAACAGCAACAACAACAACAACAACAACAACAGCAGCAGCAACAGCGGCUACAACAGCAACAACAGCAACAACAACACCACCAGCUGAUGCUGGCUGGCAGUCAGCUAGCAGGGCUCGCCGCCCUCCUCCCGCCCCAGCAGCAGCUGCUCCUCCAACAGGCCCAGGCUCAGCUCCUGGCGGCCGCCGUUCAGCAGUCCAACGCGGCGCACGCAGCGCACGCGGCGCACGCCGCCCACGCCGCCGCCCAGCAGCAGGCCAACCAGCAGCAGCAGAACCAGAACCAGGCUCAAUCCCAGCAGCAGCACGUCAAACAGGAACAAGCCGUCCAAGUCCCGCCUCCACCGCAGCUGGCCCUGUCACAGCCAAUCCAGCUCACGGCCCAGGACAUCCAGCAGCUGCUGCAGCUCCAGCAGCUGGUCCUGAUGCCGGGUCACCCCCUCCAGGCCCCGGCCCAGUUCCUCCUGUCUCAGCCCACACAGGUGCAGCAGUCGCAGCCAGGUUUGCUCUCCACAUCAAAUCUGAUCCAGCUACCUCAGCAAAGCCCCGGGAGGCUCCUGACGACCCCACCCCGCCUGGGACUCCAAGCACAGAGAGAGAAAAAGAGCCGGGACGCCGCGGGCGGGCCGAGCGGCGGCUCCCUCGCUGCCAUCGGCAGCGGCGGCGGCGUGGCGUCCGGCGGAGGCCCCUCGGCAUCCGGCAGCGCCGUCGGUUCCUCGCUGACGCCCGGCUUGACUCCCGGAGGUCACGGGGGUCACUUGGGGGAGGAGCCCAGCGACCUAGAGGAGCUGGAGCAGUUCGCCCGCACCUUCAAGCAGCGACGCAUCAAACUGGGAUUCACACAGGGGGACGUCGGCGUGGCGAUGGGCAAACUGUACGGGAACGACUUCAGCCAGACGACCAUCUCUCGGUUCGAGGCUCUGAACCUGAGCUUCAAGAACAUGUGCAAGCUGAAGCCGCUGCUGGAGAAGUGGCUGGGCGACGCAGAGAACAUGGCGGUGGACAGCAUGCUGCCCAGCCCGUCCUCCCUCUCCUCCCCCAUGCUGGGCAUCGAGGGUCUGUCCGGCCGGCGCCGGAAGAAGCGCACCAGCAUCGAGACCAACGUGCGCGUAGCCUUAGAGCGCAACUUCCACAUGAACCAGAAGCCUACCUCGGAGGAGAUCCUGCUCAUGGCGGACCAGCUCACCAUGGAGAAGGAGGUGAUCCGCGUCUGGUACUGCAACCGCCGGCAGAAGCAGAAGCGCAUCCACCCGUCCAGCAGCACCACGCCCCCCCCCCUGUCCUGCCAGACGCCGUCCGGCGUGACGCACAAGGCCCUCUGCUACAGCCCGCACAUGAUAUCGAGUCAUGGUCUGUCCCAGGUCACCACCUGUCUCAGCACAACAGCUACUCUCCUCCUUCUCUCCUCCUUCUCUUCUCCUCCUCUUCUCCUUCUAGCCGCGAGCUCUUCAGCAUCCUGCCCCAUGACUCCCAUCAGCUCCGCCGCGGUAGGCUCCGCCUCUUCUUCUGUGAGCCCGCCCCCUCACAGCACAGCUAGCCCCGCCCCUCCCAGCCUCGGGGCCCACGUGCUGAACACCGGGAAUACAAUGAUGGGACUAAGCACAGGGAUGAACCAGGCCCUCAUUGGCAGCAACCCCCUGGCUACCAUGCAAGCCUUAGCAGCGAGCAGCGGCCAGCUGCCCAUCUCCGGCCUUGAGGGCGGAGCGGCUCACAUGUUCCUGGGCGGACCCGGGUGCCCCGCCAUACCCCACUCCCUCCGCCCCUCCCUCUUCCUGAACCGCCCCACCCUCCUCCCCAUGGCGACCAGCUCCAUGGCGACGCCCUCCACGCCCGCCGCGGGCCCGAUCGGCCCGAGGCUCUCCUUUUGCCACUCGCCGCCGCCGCCCGGCGCCGGCGACCUCAUGAGCCCGUCCUCGUGCCCCGAGGAGUCCGCGUCUCCUUGUUCAAGCCCCGCCUCCUUCUGUUCCUUCAGCGAGGCCUCGCCGCCGCCCAUGGGAGGGGCCAUGACCGAGUGA